GCAAUGGCCCCAACAAAAAAAUCCAAGGCGACCAAGUCCACCGAGUCCAUCGCCGCCAGGCUUGCACUCGUCGUCAAAUCGGGUAAAUACACCCUCGGGCACAAAUCCGCGCUGAAGCAAAUGCGCAGCGGCAAAGCUAAGCUUGUGCUGAUCGCCGGUAACUGCCCCCCGCUGCGCAAGUCUGAGCUCGAGUACUACGCCAUGCUCUCAAAAACCAGCGUGCACCACUUUGCGGGUACCAAUGUCGCGCUUGGGACCGCUGCCGGAAAGCUCUUCCGUGUUGGUGUCAUGACUGUCAGCGACCAAGGAGACUCCGAUCUCUUGACUUUUGCUGAGGGUAAUGCUCAAUAAGCAAUUAAGAGUCUGUAUUACCAUACGCUUCAUUCAUGUCCGUCACCAUGUCUCUACAUGCAAUUUAUGAGCGUCGCUUUACAAUAUUC